AUUUGACAUGACAGUCAAAUCAGACUCACAAUCAUACAGAAUUAUUUUCCUUUGCUAUUAUUAUUAGUCUAGUGUGUAGAAUCAACGCGCGUUUCUUUGUUUAUAACAGAAAGUGUAUGGAAUUUUCGUGUUGAAUUACUUGGUGUUAGUGUUCUUGAUGGUUUCGGGUGAUGAUUCCAAUGGUGGUCGAUUAUCACGUAAAACUGCAAGAUCCCCGAAUCGCAAAUGCAAGAAGACAGAUGCAGACCUAGCGAAGGGGUCAGCGUUGCGAAAUGAUGCGCAACCUUCAGUUCAUAAAAGAAAUCUUUACGUUGUUUCUUUCCCAAUAAUUAUUUUAUUCAAUGUACUCAGAUCAAUUUUGUAUCAGUUAUUCAUAAUUUUUAAGUAUUUGUAUUCGGCGUCUCACCGUUUGAUGCACAAGCCUCGUAAAAGUGGCGAGUGUAAUUUGGAGGUUGUGGUAAAAGACGGAGUGGUGUCGACUGAGGUGCUCCACGGGGAAGAGAUGUCUCACAUACACAGUGUAGGGCCGGGAGAUCCACUCCUGGCGAAACAGAAGCAUCACCAUCGGAAAGCUUUUGAGUACAUUUCAAAAGCUCUCAAGAUUGAUGAAGAAAAUGAAGGCCAAAAGGAGUUAGCAAUAGAGUUAUAUAAAAAAGGUAUUUACGAAUUGGAACGGGGCAUCGCCGUGGACUGCUGGGGCGGACGAGGGGACGCGUGGCAGCGAGCACAGAGGCUCCACGACAAGAUGAAGACCAACCUAGGGAUGGCAAAGGACCGGCUCCAUUUCCUCGCGAACCUAGUCGCCCUCAGUAAGUUGGGCGUUGAGAGUGAGCCAGAGCGCAGCGACAAAAAACCCGCGGAGUCACCUCUAAAGGUGCGAAGGCCCUUAGAGAAGUCGAAGACGACGUUGCUCGCUCAUACAGAAAGUAACAGUGGUCAAACGAAGCCACCGACUGAAGUAGCUGGCCGCAAACUGACCACAGCUGGACGGAGAGUGCCCAGUGGUGUGGGUGGACCUCUGAUGAAGUCUCAGACCUUGCCGAGGUCCAUGGGCAGGUCGUCAUCACAGCCGAACAGUUCCAACGGCAGCUACAGUCGAUACCCAGUGAAGCCGGCGUCCACGCCACCGGCUGUGAAACGUCAGCUAUCUAGCGCGUACCAGGUGCCGGCGAACGGGUCGCCGGUGCGGCGCGCCGUCGGCGGGGGGUCUCAGCGCGGGACCCCCACUCGCAGCCGGACCCCCCAGCCGGCGCUCACCAUCCGAGGAGUCGACCCCAAGCUCGUGCAGCUGAUAUUGGACGAGAUAGUUGAGGGCGGGCCUAAGGUGCAUUGGGAUGACAUCGCUGGACAGGAGGCUGCCAAACAAGCGUUGCAAGAAAUGGUGGUGCUCCCUUCCCUGAGGCCUGAACUCUUCACGGGUCUAAGGUCACCGGCAAAAGGUCUGCUUCUAUUCGGACCGCCAGGAAAUGGCAAAACGUUGCUAGCCCGGUGUGUAGCAGCCGAGUGUUCAGCCACAUUCUUCUCCAUUUCGGCGGCAACGCUCACCAGCAAGUAUGUGGGUGAUGGGGAGAAAAUGGUCCGAGCGUUGUUCCAGGUUGCGAGGGAAUUGCAGCCAUCAAUAAUCUUCGUGGACGAAGUGGAUUCGUUGCUGUGCGAACGUUCGUCGGGUGAGCACGAAGCGUCCCGACGGCUCAAGACCGAGUUCCUAGUGGAGUUCGACGGUCUGCCCGCCGCCGGCGCCGACCGGCUCAUCGUCAUGGCGGCCACUAACAGGCCGCAGGAGCUCGACGAAGCUGCUCUCAGACGGUUCCCGAAGCGCGUGUACGUGUCGCUGCCGGACUUGCGAACACGAGGUGCGCUACUGCGGCGGGUGCUGGCUCGCGGUGCCGCAGCUUCAGCGCUCGGCGAUGAUGAACUGGCGCGCCUCGCCGCGCUCACGGACGGCUACUCGGGCAGCGACCUCACCGCGCUCUGCAGGGACGCCGCGCUCGGGCCCAUCAGAGAAUUAGACCCCGAGGAAGUGAAAUGCCUCGACCUGUCGUUAGUCCGGAGCAUCACCUUCCAAGACUUUAUGGACUCGUUGAAACGCAUCCGGCCGUCUGUGUCGCCGCACAGCCUCGUUGCGUACGAGAAGUGGUCCGUGCAGUACGGCGAUCUAGGACUAUGAACCAGCGCCUACAAAGAUACAGGUAUUGACUAUAAAUGUAGAAGAAAGGUGAGUCAUUGAUGUAGAAGAAUCUAAACCUGACAAGGAACGGAUGGAACGAACAAAAGAGAGUUCGUAGAGAUUAAAUUCUCGAAAGUUCUACCGCUCAAAUGUUAAAGAUAAUAUUAUAUCGGUCAUAUUUAUCCAAUGCAUUUCCCUAUUGUGACAUAUUUGAAUUUUUAAUUUUAAGAUUAUUAUAUAAUAUUUUUAAUAGAAUACGGAAUGGCGUCUAGUCAGAAUAUCGGUUUGAAAUAAAUGUAUUUUCAUAUGAAAUUGGUAUGGAACAGAUGGAAUUUGAUUAUAAUAUGGCAGGGUUAUCUAGUCGCAUCUCAGGGAUGUAUAUAUCUCGCUUCCAUACAAGAUUCAUGAAAUGAAUUUAAGUGUAAGUUCGCAAUAUGUAAAGAAGUCUUGAUUGUUAAUAAAAGUGUUCUAACUAAAUGGGAAUAGAUGUAAAUGAAGCAUUUUAUUUGGAAGGAAACACUAAUCGAGUUGCGUCUAUAUAUCUUCGCCUAUUUCUCAUUAAAAUGUUUUAUAGCAUGGCUUCAAGUGCACAUUCAUUUAAAUAUUUCAAAAAUAUCCAUCGACACAAUGUAAAUUAUUAUUUUGAAGAUUAGGGUUUUUAGAGAAGUCACUGGGGCGUUAUAAAAUGAAAAGUUAAUUUAUGGUAAACAGUGAAAUUUUGCUACACAUAAAAAAUGUAUGCAAAAUGUUUGUCGAAGACGAAAUCCGUGUGAAAAUAAUAUUGUUUACUAAUACCAGUUUGCCCUCCCCCUCCCCCCACCCCCUUCCAUGGGGGAGGCUUAUGUUUGACAGUUACAAGUCCUGAUAUGAUUAUUGCCAAUACAUCGACGUCCUACAAUAUAUUUCGUAAAAGUAUUCUAAAAGCUUAAACCAAUUAUUAUUAUUUAUUUGAAUGUAUUGUAUUUUAUUUGUAUUUAUUAAUAUUAAUUAAAAAAAAAAAAUACUGACGCAUUAAACAAUGUAUACCUACAUAUAUCCGAGUUCAGAACUUCGAGACAGUAUGUAAGUGUUCAAUUUGUCGAAAUUCACAUCAAUUGUUGUUCAUUUGUUACCAUACAAUAGUCACGUGUUUCGACUAAGAUUCACUUUGAGUGUAAUUUGAACUAGUAUUACUGUGACAGCACAUACGAACUCUACUACGUUAGGAAUUACUGUAAAUUAAAAAAGAAAAAACUUUACGUUUAUGAAGAAUUCAAAUUUCAACAAUAUUUUAUUAACUAACUGUAAAAUUGAAAUCAAGUUUCAAUUUUAUUGAUAUUACCUUUUGAUCAAGUUUAAAUAUAGAACAGAAUAAAAUAAUACAAAAAUAAUUCGUUAAAAAUGUCGAAAUUAAUUUCAAUGUGCAUAAGAAAUAUGCUUUUACAACAUUUCAAUGAGAAUAAACCUAGUAUCUAACUUAACCAUAAAUAAGCCGAAUGGAUGAUUAAUGCAACUCGGCUCAAUUAAAAAGUCGCUUUCGGUGUUAGAUUACAUAUUUACGAUGUAAACAUACGCUUUCAUGCUCAAUACCUUCUUAAUUGAGUCGGGUUAUAUUAGCCCUCUACCAUAACCCGUCCAAAAUUAAAAGGAUACUGAAUAGUGGCCUCUAUGUCUGAGAGAUAACCUAUUUUACUUUGUAUCCUAACCUUGGCUCGUUCGGCUUAUAUUUAGUUUUUUUUAGGUACAGACCUAUACUUCUUAAUCUUGCCUUGCAUUUUCGUAAGAAGACUACAGAGCUAUACCUACUGUCUUUCAGUGCAUAAAACGAGGUUCCAAUUGCCUCGUAAAAUCUAGCUAAGUACCUAAUACCUCUUGCUUGAUAUAAAGAAAUCUCGCUUAUUAUAUAUAGAAUAGAAUAUACAAUUUUAGGAUUUAUGUUAUAACAAAAAAUAUUUUAGUUAGUUUUCUAAUUUUGACAUCCUGUUUUUUUAAUAAAAUGGAAGUUAAACAUCCAUGAUGUGUAUGACUACAGUUAGAGUACCGAACAAUUAACAAACAAACAAUUUUAACUCAGUGUACAAAUUGUGUUAACCUUUUUUAUAUUUAGUAGUAGUACCUCAUUAUUAUUAUAGUGCAAUUAAAUGUUUUAUGGUCGAUAACCUUAAAAAGAGUUACUUAAAAUCAUUGUUUUUUAAAUAUUUUUUUUUAUGUGAUUCAGGAAAAAUGUUAUUCUGCCACGUUAUUUUACAUGUAAAUACUAUGUUGAUAAAUUUUCUUGCCUUUUUCCUUGAACUAGUCUGUCUGACUAGGAAAAAGGAUUAUUUUUUUCUUUUAUUUACAUAAAAUAUUCUUAUAACAAUUUAUUUAUUAAUAUAUAUAUGUAUGAUUUGCAUGGUUGUCGAUCAGUGUGUAAUGUAGUAACCUCAGUAUUUUAAACAUACCUGGAUUUUACCAAUUAUAUUUAAGCGUAGUUGGCCGUUUGCACGAUUAUUGUGACACUCAUUUUGAUCUCGAGCAUCCCUUUCUGAGGCAUGCUGUGUGAGCGAGUGAGAACAUAAUUAUACAUCGUUGCUGAUAUCUAAAUAGAUACACCUGAGGUAGUUAGAAUAAAUUAUUACGACUUGUUUAUCUCAAAUUUGAGUGACAUAAAAAAAACCAGCCCCGGUAGGUGGUGAUAGUGGACAAGAUGACGUUCGCUGGUCAGGGAGUGUAACUAUAAAAUUACAGUGUUAAAAAUGUAUAGAGGAACUUGUCUGUAACAAUAUAUAAAGCCAGAUUAAAUGAUUCUUUCUACUGAAGGUGUACUAUCAAAUAAUUGCUGCAAACGUUUUAAUGUAAAUACAGUUGUUAUGAAUGUACUUAUUCUAAUUCUGUUGUUAUUUUGAAAAUAAAAAGAAUUAUUAUUUUUAAUUGCAUAUUGCCAUUGAUAUAUGUUUAGUGGACAUUGGUGUCGAUUUAUGUCCAUUAUCUAACUUGACAAAACGGAAAUUAUAGUUCGCAAACAAUAAAAUGGACAGUAUAAUUUUGUACCUAUAUUAUUAAAUAAUUUUACUUAAGCCAACAUAAUAUUCGUGUUUUUUUUUCUCUGGUACUAAUAUGAUUAACUAUCUUCAAGUUAUAUAUUGAGCAAGAAUAUAGCAUACAAUUUACACUUAGUUAUUUCCGUUUAUCAAACGAAAUAGAAGAAUAACAGAUCAAUCGAUAGAUAUGUUUUCGCUAUCUUGUGCAUGAGUUAGGAUGAGAUAGCAGUGUUCAGCGUCUUAUUCUUAUACGCGGCGGUUCAGCGAUACUCGAGUUCUUUCUUAGUCUACAACUUACACAAUAUUGCGCGAAUAAUUAAUUGCUAGUUACAAUUUAAAUGGUUUUAUUGCGAAAAAUAGGUUACUUCAUAUGCUGACACAAUUAAUAUUAUUGACAAUAAUGCUAAAAGCAUUAUAAUGCAAUAUAAAAAAAGUAUAGGUGUAGAUUUUAAAUGCCCUUGCAGACUCUGACUUUAUCCGAGAAACAAAACUUCGGUUGGCUUAUUUAAGUCUUAAAAAAAAUAGACGUGCCUCUGAUAAAUUACCCAUAGUAAUAAAAAAACAAUAUGGGAAAGGAGUAGAGAGAAGAAAGAUAAAUUCUCCCCUCUACUCCUUUUACACCUUCUUGUUAUGUUCGUACCCAAAAAUCUUUAAGUUUGCAAACAAAUAAAUUGACACCAUUAGCUAGUUAUUUUCGCGUAUAUAAUAUCACCGUAUCGUGAUGCUGCAAGUCUUAUGAGUAUUUGUACGUUAUAAACGACGGGUAGCUACCACUUCUUACACUAAGCAAAAAACAAAAAGUUUUGCUCAAACAAUUAACAAUCUGGCGUUUGGAGCAUGUAUAGUAAUAAAAAAAAUAAUAUAUUUUCAUAAUUGUUUGUUAUAAAAUUGUCUAUCUCUUCGAUUUAAUGUUAUUGGAAUAUAUCAGUUAUUGGACCACACAUUUGUAUGUUAGUCGACAUAGUGGGCCAUAGAAACGCGGAGUUCUGAGGUACUUCUAAAGUUAAUGCAGAUAUUGUAAAGAAACAUCAGUAAGUACUUAAUACUUUGAUAAAAAAAAGCAAGCUGUGUAUAAGCCCUUAUGAUAGAAACAAUGUCAAUACUAAAUUGCAGUGCUAUAUUAUUCACUCUAAGUAUAUAGGCAUACCAUAAACAAAGUAAACCAUUUCUUUACUGAACAUGAUUAUAGUAAAAUGACUUCUAAAAUAUCUGCGAAUUAAUUUAGAAGUACUUUAAACGUGGAAAACAAUCGAGAUUUUAUAUGAGCAUUGUUUCUAAAUAAUAAUUAAUAUAAAUACUCAUGAUUUAGGAUGUUGUUGAAUCUGUCAUUUUAUAGUCAUUUUUUUUUAUUGCUAGACGAAGAACCAGAGACAAAAGUUUUAUAACUCAACUCUAUUAACUUUUAUGCCAAAUAUAUUCCAAUUUUAAAUUGUAUGUCUUCAUCUGUCUUCUAUAUUUAAAUAAUAAAUCUCGAUUGUUCUAGAAGUCUGGUCAGAAACUAGUUUUUUCAAAUAGCUUUUAUUUAUUAAUUUCUUCUUCAUUUCUGGCCAGACAUUGUAACUCUGCUCGCUAGCCGUUAAAUCAUAUAAGCCAAAAUAACAUUUAAAAUAACUGUAUUGUCGAUAGUUGUAAACAUAUUUCCUAUAUAAAAGACAGCGAGUAGCAGUUAGUGCAGUUAAAAGUAACCGUUAUUUUUACACUAGACUUGUAGACAUUCAUAGUUGUUUUUUCAAUAUGUUUAUUACUGUCUAUGGUUGCAGCUUGUUUUUUUUUUUAUUAUGAAGGGCUGUGACGUACUGAAUUUUGGACAGUGACCGUUAAUCAAAUCGGUGUGUUGUUGUUGUAAGGUUUAUAAAACUUUUAUAUAAUAUAAAUAAAGUGUAGGUAUUUGUGUCGUCUGUAUGUAACGGUCACCAAUUUUCUUAGUAUGUUACAGCUAAUUAUAGGAUUGUUAAAAAUCAUAAACCUUAUAACAUACGGAUUGAAAUCGAAAUCAUUAGCAUCCUUUUAAGUGUUUACUAAAGAAAAAAAAGAAAACAGAAAAGAGGGUAUAAAUAAAGAAAAAUAAAAUAAGGCUUCCUUUAUUUAUUUAUUUUAAACUUGACAUUUGAAAGCGCUGUUGAUAUUAAAAAUUCCAUUUAUUUUUUGUUUUCACAUUAAAUGGACGCUAAUGUUUCAAAUUUUGACCUGUAUAUAAACAAAAAAAAAAUUCUUUGUCUUAAAAAAAACACUGCUGCAACUAUGGACUUGUAGAUACGCUAAUUAUAAUAGAUAGUCAUAACAUUCCUAGUUGUAACGUAGUCUGAUAUAGAAAUUAAUUUGAGCUCCUUAGAUAGUGUAAAUGUAACAUCUUAAGCUUGCCAUACACUACCAGAUUUUAGGCAAAGUUAGCAUAAAUCAUUAACAGAAUUUAUUUUAUUCAGCUAUACCUUGUAUCAAAUAUAAUAGACAGGUUUCUAUUAAUAAAUCGUGUCUAUGGUGUAUAUUCUUGUCUAUACCCCAAUACGACAAUAUUAUAACUUUUAAAGAAUCAUGAUUCUUUUAUUAUGAAUAUUGUAAUACAUUUAUGCAUAUAAUAUAACUCGACUGUAUCUCUUACAAAUCUGUUUUGUUUUUUAUUAACAUUUUCCGGUAUUUAUUGUUUGUGCUGUGCUGGGAUGAAAGAAAAAGUAACAAUCUUUUAUCUCCUUGCAAACAAACAUUAACUUUAUUGUUUUAAAAUUAUGUAUUAUAUUUAUGUACAUACGAAAUUGUUGUCGGGUUUUUGAGGCUUGUAUUUUGCCUAUUUGUUAUCUUUUAAUAUUGUACAAAGCGAAAGCAAAAAACAAUGGAAGCGUGUGGUUAGUUAUACUCGUGAUUGAAAUUAAAAUCAUUUUAAAGGUGUGAUUGUCGAUGAUUUUUAAUGAUAAAGUCGUUAGUGAAUAGAGCCGAAACGAAUGUUCUUCGUUUUGCUAGAACAUAAUGGUUAUUCCAUGACUGACUCGUAAAAAUUUUUACCAUUGUUGGCCGUUCAUGGCCGUAGCUAGAAGGGGGGCAUUAAAAAGCAAUGCCCUACCUAAAACGGCCCAAUGCCCUACCUUAAUAUGAAAGUCCUUAAUUAAAUUAGACAGAUUCGCUUUAAUCGAAGUACCUUAAUUAUGGCUUUUGCCCUACCUUAAACUUGGGUCUAGCUACGGCCCUGUGGUCAUUGUAGCAGAAAAUGGUCAUAAUAUGGCAGAAAUAUCCAUACUAUGCCACAAAAUAGCACUAUUAUGGCUAAUAAUUGAAAUAUUAUGGCUUAAAAUUGCCAUAUGAUGGCUGGAAACAGCCAGUUGUCACUGUAAGGUAAAACGACUUAAUCGAUCUCGACAUUUUGUAAUGUUGGCAACAGUCAAGUUUAACAAGAAGGGCAAGUGUGCAAAUAAUAUUGAAGUUGUGAUUUUUUAUUGAUUUUAAAACUGUUUCGGUUGUGGACCUUUUGUAACUUUGGAUUUGAAUUAAUCGAUUCUUUAUGUAUGAAUCAUCGAUUUGGGAACGUCAGUAUGGAUCAUGUUAUCUACAAGGAUACUGAUCUGGUAAAGUUCAUGAGACUCUACUAAAUAACAUGACAAUGGCUAAUGGCUCUUAAAUAAAUCACUCUGAGUGCUUUAUCUAAGAAAAUCCGUAAACGAUCAAGCGUAUCGUACAAUGCGUUAAAUUUAGCUGAAACCGUUCAGCUACCAAUUUUAUCUUAUUUUUGGCCAUAUAAAAAUCCAUCCUGUCAUUUCUAAAUUAAUGAUAUGUAUAUUGUGUUAUUUAAUUGUGUAAAUUGUCCCCAUGUACUAAAUAACUUAAUAUUAAUAAUGUUGGUUGAUUAAUAUAACUUUUAUGUCUUUUUAUAAACAUUUAUGAAGUGAUAAUGUUUUAAUUUUAAAUAUACCUUAAAGUAUGUUUAGCGCAAAAAUGGUUAUAACUUACUAAAAUUAAUAACAAUAAAUUUAUUAAAAAAUAACAAAUUUAAUUAAAAAAAAAAAUUAACAAGAUUAUGAAAAGCAAUCGUAAAGGGACAGGGGCUUUGUAAUCAGAGCAACCCUUUAGCAUGUAAGCUCCAGUUUAAAGCUAUGAAUUUACUAAAAAAUUUUGUCACAGUUAACGCAAUAUCUUUUGCAGUAACUACAAAAUAAGUAUUGUUAUAAUAUUAUUUGUCAUGGGAAAUAUAAAAUAACUACCGCAGUAGAGUUAUGGAGACAUAUUUGCUUGAUAAUAGAAAUACAACAAACAUACCCAUGCAUACGUGGACUUACAAGGUUUGUACCAAUAAACUUAUUAACAAAAUGAUUAAGUACUUCCCGUAGUAAACAUGAAAUCAUUUAUAGUUUUAUUUCCAUAUGGCUUUAUAUUGGUUGUUACAAAAUAACCGCAACGUUCAAAUUUACAAAGUUUUAAUAGUAAUUUUAAUAAACGCAUACAUACAAUUUGUCGCGCAACAAACCGUGUUAAUACAAGACGUUAUGUCGCCAAUAAAUGGAGCCUCUAAUUUGUUUUAUUUGUGUAUGACGUAUAAUAUCUAAGAUAUUUACAUUGUUUACUAAAUAAUAUGUUAACAAAGCGUGUUUUCUUUUUGUAUAAUUUGAACCUAUAUAUACAUAAGUAUAUCCAAUUUGACACAUUGAAAGACAUAUUUGCGUGAUACGAUAUAUGCAAUGAUGACGAAAGAACUAUUCCUCUUAUUCAUAAAAACGUUAAAUCUCUCAUAAACCUAAAUUUACGAAUUUACUAAAUUUCAAAGCUGAACGAAAUAGAUUUUUAUUUCGUUCAGCUCCCUAAUGUCAGAAAACAUUUCAUUGUAGGUAAACAUUAGUUUCAUCUCUUUCCUUUACGUUAAAUUCUCUGUUUGAAUGAAAGUGACAAAACAGUGUAACAGUCGGAUUAGGUUUGUACGAAGUUUUAGUUUUUAUGAAUAAGGGAGUAUAUAUGACUGCUAAAGACAUACUAGAGCUACUAUGACUAAAAAAAGUUUUAUAUUUAUAAUUAAGUUAAUAAUACUUCUAUCGGAAAGAAACAGAAAUCAAUAAGGCUCCAUUCAUAAUUGCGCGGUUUUUUCUAAUCGGGUAAUUGCACCAUCCACGAACCCGAGGACGACUUGUAAAGUUCGCUUCGCUGUGAUAUCGACAAACCUUUGUAUUUAGUUUUCACGCGUCGCCAUUAUACACGAAUGUAUUCCAUUAAUUUAUUGCGGUUAUGACUUCUCAUUACACCAAUAUAAAAAUCUAUAAUUAAUUUAUUAUUAUUAAUAUUUAUUUAUUUAUUUAUUCGUCGGUUUUACUCAACUACUUAAAUUCGGCAAUACCUGACUAGUGUCGAACUAAAUAGGAGGCCUUGCCCUAAAGAUUAAAGUGUCAAGGGAAUUUAUCGAUGGAAUUGAUAUCGCUAGCGAUUUCGUGAAAUAGAAUGAAAUAGCUAUAUCGAAUGUCUCAUCCCAACUCACGGACUCGGUAGCGAUGUCGAUUCCAUCGACGAAUUCGCUUAACACUUGUUUAGAGAGCGUUAUUCAUGAAAGGAAAAACGUGAAAAAAUAAAUAAUUAAAUUCAGUACGCUUCGCGAUAAUUAUUCUUAAGCAAUAUUUAUAUCCUUAUAAUAAAGAAAAAAAAUCUAAAACAUAAACCUUGUGCCAAGCCACCAACUUAAUAAUAGUCUCGUAUUACGGGGCGAGAUCAAAUCUCAUAGUCCAGCAGUGGAACUUUGUUUAUUAUAAGGCUAUAAUAAUCAGUGAUAUAUUUUCCUAUUUCAAAAUAAGUUAGUGCUUAUUCUUAUUGAGUACUUCACGACUCCGGAAAACUGACAGAAAAUUUUGUUGGACACUGUAUUUUAUACUGAUUAAUAUAGACACAUCAUUUUAAAUUAUUAAUUUUAAUUUCAACUUUGGUGUAAUGAGCAGCCCUAAUAAUGAUUUAAAUGAGCUUUAUAUCGAGUAAAUAAGUAACGGUAUUCGACUGAUUAUUACCUAAUGAUAAUCGCAUAAUGUUUUUCUAAAAUGCUUUUCUUGUUAUGGUAUUUAAAUUGCAUAAGUACAAAGCAGAUCUGUCGCCAGAAAACUUGUUUGAAGAAAAAACAUUUCAGAUGGCUAAUAGUGUUACGAUAAAAGGUGAGGUGGCAGAUCUGUUUAUUAGUACUUUUACCCGAUUGCUAGAGGCAAUAGGUAAAAUAUUAAACGUAAAACCAAAUGAAACUUGUCAAUCAUUGAUAUGAAAAUUUAUCAAUGUUCAAAUAUCUUUUAGGUAUAUAUUUAAUAUUCCCUUCACCCCCUACAAUAUCGGGUUUAUAUACAAAGUUUCAUUCAGCCUUAUCAAUAUUUUUUAUCUCGUUCUUACUCUUUAUGCGUAAAUGAGAUAAAUAUUGAUAGGUGUAUGUGAAAAUAUAGUUUGUAUAAUGGUCUAUUCACAAUCACAAAAAUCUCCUUCAUAAUCGAUAUUUCUCCUUAGAUAAUAAUGCCUGUGCCGUGUAUAAGAGCUUUUUUUUUUUUAUUUUAAUUUUUAGUAUUUAUAUGUUGUUUAUACUGGAACGCCUACUUAGUUUUAUACCAAGAAAAUGAACACAAAAUUUUUAUAAGAUUUUCGAAAAUUACAAUUCUUCAUUCCUUAGUACUGCGACAUAUGGGUGAUUUGUUUUUUCAGAUCUCACUUCCCCUGGAAACCGUCGUAAUUAAUUCCUGGUGAAUUUGUCACGAUGGCCCAACUGUCCUGUCUUCAUCUUCACCUAUCAUCCGUCACUGGUACCUCGUCUGCGUGUAUCAAUAAUGCAGACGAUAUUACCAUUACCAUUAAUAAAAAAAAAAACUACAAACACUAAGAAUAAAAAACUAUUUUGUUUAAAAUUUAACAAGUUUAAAAUAUGUGAUACUGUGAAUGGACCACAGCCUUGAUAUCGUGACAUAAAUUCUAAAAGAUGGUUGUAACUUGUAAAUCAUAUUGUUUUACAAUUUCGCCUUAAUAUGCUGUUGUUAUUUUAAUUUAAGCGCACGAAUUUAUGGAUUUUGACUAACAUUUUUAAUAAGUUAAGUGUCGUUGAGUGAUACAAAAUGAUGUAUUUUUUCAUAAAUCAAAUAAAAUUAAGCACACUCUUGCCUAAAAUGUCGUGAAUGUAACACUACGCAUAUGUGAUACACGGUUUAUAAAUAAACGAUUAAUUUGUGA